AUGGAUUAAAAGGUUGAAUUAGUAUGGUAUCCAACAGAAUUUUAGGAUGAUCAUUAAUAAAAUCUAAAAAAUACUAGCUAAAAUAGCAGCUUUACUCAAUAAUUUGAAGAAGCCCUUAAAAUAGUUCGCGAACUCCAAAAGGAUGGUUCUUAAAUCUCUUAAAAGUAAUAAAAUUUAAAGAUGAAUAUAAUUGGUUUCGGUGAAGAUACAUAAACUAAUUAAAAGCAGUUCUUGGAAAAUCAUGAUUUAUUAGUUCUCACCGAAUCUAAUGUAUCAAAACUGUAAUACUAUGUAAAUUAAAUUAUUGACUUCUUAAAUGCUAUAGAAUCCAUAAAAUUAUCAUUUUUUGCACAAGUGAAAGGAAUUCGGAGUUAUUAUCAUUAGGUUGAGGAAACAGGAUUUAGAUUCUUACUGAUAAAUUAGUAAUUGCAACAGAAUUAUUAAUUAUCAGAGAGCUAAUUGGAUGAAGAAAUUAUAAAACUUACUUCAUAGAGUGAUUUAAAUGAAUUGAAAUCAUCAGUUCUUUAAAAAGAAGAAAUGAAGAAAAACAAAAAAGGACAUGGAUUUAGUAUUUUUGAAAAAUUAAUUUAUUAUUAUUCUAGAUAGGAACUAUAUAACAAAUUGAAUUAGUAAAUGGCUGAAUCAGAUUAUGAAUCUAUAAAAUAAAUUAUGUGUACAUUAUUCGACGGUUAUUCAAAAUUAAAUUAUCAAAAAAAACCUCCAAAGAAAUUAUAUCGAGGUUUUAGUUUACACCCAUGUUUUCGUGAUAUUUAUUUAAAAAUUGUGAGAGAUUUAAUGUUUUGUCACUAGAAUAAAAGUAGUAUGUUUUGGAACACUUUAGCAAGUACUUCAUUGGAACCAAAAGUAGUAGAUAAAUUUUUACAAUAAAAUUUAAAAAUAGUAUUUGAAAUUUAAUUAAGUGAAAACAAUCCACAUCCUUAUUUUAAACUUAAAAAAUAUCACGCUUAGUAUGAUGAAGAAAAAGAAGUAAUCUUGUUUCCUUAAUUUCAAUUUGAGGUAAUAGAGUAUCGCAAAUGUGAAAGUGGAAUUGAUUAUUUUUGUAUUAAAUAAAUUGAGAACAAUUUGUCAAUGACUUUUGAUAAGAAGAAGAGAGAAAAAUAUUGGUAAGACAGAAUUAAUAAUGAACUCAAGCCAAAACUGAAAAUAAUCAAUGAAUUUUAUCAAACGAGAAUCAAUUUCAUCAUUAAAGGUGUCAGAAAAUUUGCUCCUUAAGUUGGCGAUAUAAGAUAUUUUUUAAAAUAGAAUUUAGAUGCCUAUUUUUUUCAGUUAGUUUAAUAUCUUUAAUAGUUUUUUUAAAAUUAAGAAACUCAUAAAGAAUAUCUGGAUAAUUUACUUGAUGUUUGUAUCAAAGAAAUAUCAUUCGAAUUUAUUAUUUCCGAUGACUUUUUAGUAAAAUUGAGUGAUUUUAUCUCAAGAGUGUCAGAACAGUUAAUUAAUUAAUUUAUAAAAAUAAUAUAAAAAAUAUUCAACCUUGAAGAUUUUAAAGGAGAUUUAAUAAUGAUAUGGUCUGAAUUUUAUCCUUAUACUAUUAAUUCUCUUUUUAAUUAUCGCUUAGAUUGUAUAUAUAGUAAUACACCAAAUUACACAACUCGACAAUUAAAUUGGAGAAAAUUACAACAGUAAGAAGUUAAGACUAUUUAAAUAGUCCAACAUAGUGAAUCUUAGAAAAUGGGAUAUGAAUUAACUAUAGAUGGAAAUAAAGUACUAGUCUAUCAAACUGAUGAUGGAGUACCUACAAUAGUUAAACAAAAAGAUACCACAAAAUAAUUGGGUUAUACUGAUAAAUGGAAAACUCAAGGAAAACGUUUAUAAACAAAAGAUUUGACGGUUAAAGAUGUUUAAUAGGGAUUAAAAGCUGAUCUGAAAAACAAUAACUAUAAUCUUACAAAUUUUGAAAAAUAUAAAGUAAAAAUAACAGAACAGUAAAGUCGAUAACUUGGUUAAGUGGGAGUAAUAUUAGGAGGUAUGUUAGUUGAUGCUUAUUAUGGGAAGUUGGAUAAGGAUUAAUUAAUCUAAACUGGAAUUUAGACUGCAUCUAUAUUCCUCUCUUAAAGCAUCCAAUUGGGACUGUUAGUGUUUUAAUUAGGAAAAGCCUUAGUAACCGAUUGGAAGAAAUUUCUAUCUAAAAGUAACAUUUAAGCUAUGGUCAAACAAUACUUUUAACAUAUGUCAAUAACGUAAUUAUCAUUAUUUAUUGGGAAUUCUGUUGGUACCUUCUAUGGUCCCUUUGGAUGUGCUUCUGGAUAACUAAUGGGUGGAAUAAUUGGAGGAGCAGCAGCAAAAUUAAUACAUAUGAAAACUCUGAAUAAAAAAUUUAAACUCAAAAUUACAUUUGGUUAAAAUAAUAAAGGGAUCUAAAAUAAUGGAUUGCUGAUUCAUCGUGGGGUCAAUCCAAAGGUUCAGUUUUCAAAAGUUGAUAAAAAUUAAGUUAAAAGUUUAAUCAUUUAUGCUGUCUCAGAUUACAGAAUAUUGUGGCUAGCAAUAAAUAUACCAAAUGAUUAAAUAACUAUAGAAGAAAACGAUAGAUUAGGAAUGUUGUCUUUAAGAUUUCCAUAUAUGGGACCAUUUGAUCAUGAAUCGAAAAUAGCAUUUUAUGCAUUUGGUGUAAAUGAUUAAAAUCUUAAUGAAAAUAAUGUAUUCGAGGAUAUAAAUAAUAAUAAACUCACUAUUGUAAGUUCUGCUUGUAAAUAAAUAAUAAAUAAGACCAAAUGA